ACAGUGCUUGUCGUUGCAGCAGCUGUGGGAAGGGGAGGCCAUCUUCCAUUUCUAGGAAGAGUAAGGGCGAGGGGAGAGUGAAGGUGGUAGAGGGCUCAGCGCCUCCCCGCUAGGCGGUGGACUAGAGGAGCAGUUUCGGCAGGCGGGUGAGGUCGCUGAGGGCCCGGAAAAGAUGUUUUCCCUGUCGAGUACCGUGCAGCCCCAGGUUACUGUUCCUCUGAGUCAUCUAAUCAAUGCCUUCCAUUCACCAAAAAAUACAUCUAUUUCUGUCAGUGCAUCGUUUUCUCCAAACCAACAUCGAGAUGUACUUCCUGAGCAUGAGGCUCCCAGCAGUGAGCCUAUACUUAACUUAAGAGACCUUGGAUUAUCUGAAUUAAAAAUUGGACAGAUUGAUCAACUGGUAGACAGUCUACUUCCUGGAUUUUGUAAAGGCAAGAAUGUUUCUUCUCAUUGGCAUACAUCUUAUGUUUCUGCACAGUCCUUCUUUGAAAAUAAAUAUGGUUCCUUAGAUAUAUUUAGUACUUUACGUUCCUCUUGCUUGUACAGACAACAUUCAAGAACUCUUAAAAGAAUUUGUUCAGAUCUUCAGUACUGGCCAGUUUUUGUACAGUCUCGGGGUUUUAAAACUUUGAAAUCAAGGACACGACGUCUGCAGUCCACCUCUGAAAGAUUAGCAGAAACACAGCAUACAGCACCAUCAUUCGUGAAGGGGUUUCUUUUGCGGGACAGAGGAUCAGACAUUGAGAGUUUAGACAAACUCAUGAAAACCAAAAACAUACCUGAAGCUCAUCAAGAUGCUUUUAAAACUGGUUUUGCAGAGGGUUUUCUGAAAGCUCAGGCACUAACACAAAAAACCAAUGAUUCUCUAAGAAGAACUCGUCUGAUUGUCUUUAUUCUGCUGGUUGUUGGCAUUUAUGGACUCUUAAAAAACCCUUUUUUAUCUGUCCGCUUCCGGACAACAACAGGGCUUGAUUCUGCCGUAGAUCCUGUGCAGAUGAAAAAUGUUACCUUUGAACAUGUUAAAGGAGUGGAGGAAGCUAAACAAGAAUUACAAGAAGUUGUUGAAUUCUUGAAGAAUCCACAAAAAUUUACUGUUCUUGGAGGUAAACUUCCUAAAGGAAUUCUUUUAGUUGGACCACCAGGGACAGGAAAGACACUUCUUGCCCGAGCUGUGGCCGGAGAAGCUGAUGUUCCUUUUUAUUAUGCUUCGGGAUCAGAAUUUGAUGAGAUGUUUGUGGGUGUGGGAGCCAGCCGUAUAAGAAAUCUUUUUAGAGAAGCAAAAGCAAAUGCCCCAUGUGUUAUAUUUAUUGAUGAACUAGAUUCUGUUGGUGGGAAGCGAAUUGAAUCGCCAAUGCAUCCAUAUUCACGGCAGACUAUAAAUCAACUUCUUGCUGAAAUGGAUGGUUUUAAACCCAAUGAAGGAGUUAUCAUCAUAGGAGCCACAAACUUCCCAGAGGCAUUAGAUAACGCUUUAAUACGUCCUGGUCGUUUUGACAUGCAGGUUACAGUUCCAAGGCCAGAUGUAAAAGGUCGAACAGAAAUCUUGAAGUGGUAUCUCAAUAAAAUAAAGUUUGAUCAGUCUGUUGACCCAGAAAUCAUAGCUCGAGGUACUGUUGGCUUUUCUGGAGCAGAGUUGGAAAAUCUUGUGAACCAAGCUGCAUUGAAGGCAGCUGUUGAUGGAAAAGAAAUGGUUACCAUGAAGGAACUAGAAUUUUCCAAAGAUAAAAUCCUAAUGGGACCUGAACGAAGAAGUGUGGAAAUUGAUAACAAAAACAAAACGAUCACAGCGUAUCAUGAAUCUGGUCAUGCUAUUAUUGCAUAUUACACUAAAGAUGCAAUGCCUAUCAACAAAGCUACGAUCAUGCCACGGGGGCCAACACUUGGACAUGUGUCCCUGUUGCCUGAGAAUGAUCGAUGGAACGAAACCAGAGCCCAGCUGCUUGCACAGAUGGACGUCAGCAUGGGAGGAAGAGUGGCUGAGGAGCUCAUAUUUGGAACUGAUCAUAUUACAACAGGUGCUUCCAGUGAUUUUGAUAAUGCAACCAAAAUAGCAAAGCGGAUGGUCACCAAAUUUGGGAUGAGUGAAAAGCUUGGAGUUAUGACCUACAGUGAUACAGGGAAACUGAGUCCAGAAACUCAAUCUGCUAUUGAACAGGAAAUCAGAAUCCUUCUGAGGGAUUCAUAUGAACGAGCAAAACAUAUCUUGAAGACUCAUGCAAAAGAGCACAAGAAUUUAGCGGAAGCUUUAUUGACCUAUGAGACUUUGGAUGCCAAAGAGAUUCAGAUUGUUCUUGAGGGGAAGAAAUUGGAAGUAAGAUGAUAGCUCUUGAAAUGGAGGCAGUGCUGGUUUUAUUGCAAGAAUAUAAGUAGCAUUGCAGUAGUCUUAUUUUGCAACGCUUUUCUUCCAUUCUUGACUUGGUAUCACUCAAGGGUGUGAAACACUUUGUCAGUCUUUUGUCACAUUUAUCUGAUUUUGAUUGUUCUCAUGAUGGACACCUACUGCAAAUAGCAGAUUUAUUCAAGAAAAUAAAGAGCUAUCAGGAUUGAAAACA